CCGAUGUCCAAAGAAAACUAACAAUGUACCAUCCCGAUCGUGACGUAAUCGUCACUUGUGCUUGAGUCACGGAGAACUGCGUACUUUGUUAUCCUACAAGUGAUCACAUUUGGAGCUGAAAGCAAUGUCCAAAGACCCAGCCUACCCUCCCCAGGGCCCACCCCAGGGCUAUGCCCCACCCCCUGGUGCUCCCGGGUACGCACCCCCAGCACAACCUAUGCAACCCCCUCCGUAUGCUGCUGCCGGCCCCCCUCCCCCUUACAACCCCAACCAGUGGGGGCCACCUGGAGCCGCACAACCCCCUCAGGGGGCACCACCCCCUCAGGCUCCACCAGGGGGGUAUGGUUACGCCCCCCCUGGACAGACCAAUGUGUACAUCCAGCCUGCAGCUGUCCCACAAGUCAUCACGGUGAGUGCUGCCCCCAAACCAGGAGGUCCAUCCAUGGGGUACAAGGCAACUGCUGCAGCAGGCUCGGCUCUAGGAGGGUUAGUUAGUCUGACAGGGAAAGGGCUGAGUGCCCUGGCCAAGGGCAUGGAACGGGAGAUCAACCAUGCCGUGGACGGGUCCAAGGUCAGCCACACCCUGGCCCUAUUCUCCACAGGCAAUGUGCUGCAGCUGUACUCCAAGGUUACCCAGCGUGCCUUGCGGGUGAUGCCCAAUGGAGCGGUGGACGCCCUGGGGGGACAGGAGGCAGGAGCCCAGUUUAUUGUGACCAACUGUGGGUCGAACCAAGUCAUACUGAGGAACUGUGCAAACCCUGCAUUUCACUUGGCUGUGGUAGGGGGCGUCACCACUGGCACUGGGAAUGGGACUGACAAGUCCAGUGUGUUUCGUCUCCACGAGACAGUCAGCAAGUUUGUCACGCUGGAGUCUGUGUUGUGUCGGGACCAUCACGUGGGCAUCGCGGCCAAUGGGAUGGUCACCGCCCCUGGCAUGACCAAAAAAGGAAACACCGCCAUGUUCUCAGUCAGGCUGGUGUACAGCCCCUUUGGUCAAGUACAGCGACACUAGGAUUGUCAGCACAACAUAGGAACAAGAAGACCUGAUCCAACAUGUGGAAUGUGGAAUUUAGGUUCUUGCUUUGCUGCACAAAUACAGAUACAUUUAUUCUUUUUAACUAAGUCUGUCAGCUUGUUACACUUAGUUAAAUGUGUGCGGAAAUUUGAGAUGCUCAAUAUCGCGUUAUAUCAUUCUACAGCACUUAAUGGUGUUUUCUGUAGGUUAUGGUUAUAAUAAUUAUAUAUCAUGUGUCACAGGGCUGUGUUUUUAAUAUGGAAUAAUGAGAACUUCAUGCUGGGUAUAUUACUGUCAUGUUUUGCUCUUUCAACAAUCUCCACUGAAAUACUAAGACUAUAUUUUGUUAUUAGGACUUGGUUCGUUCCUGCACUACCAAAUGUCACUGCAAAUGUUGAUGGAUUGCACGCUUCUCUGUAUAUACUUUAAGUAAAGGUCAUAUAUGCCACUAUGACAGUAUGUAUGAUAGAUGGUAUAUGUAGACUGUUUCUUUUGAAGAAUGCCAAGCUCACCUGAAGGUUUAUUCUUAUCUUUAUUAUUAUGAUAUCUCACUUUUCCCACACUGUACCCUAACCACCACCUGGUACAACACACAGUCAAUCUCCUAUCAAUAUGUUUACCGAAGGAAAACAUAUUGUUUUUGCUCUGUUUCUUCUUCUUCUUCUUCCGUUCCAAACACUGACCUAGUCAAUGCUGAACCAGACCAUCUGUCACCAUGGUAACUGGUGUUGGGUUACAUC